CUGGCGCUGCUCUGGCGCUGCUGGCGCUGGUUCAGUCAAAUAUGGGCGAAUACUGAAUACCUACUUGAAGUUUGUCUUCUCCUGACUCGACGACCGAAAAUCUAACCUUGUUCGUGAGACUGCUCUUCCUGUUCAAUGUUUCUCCUGAUGUUCCCUGGUGUAGGAGUUAGGAUUCCCCUAAGAUAUGUUAUCUGUGCCACCUUCAGCCAGCGCCAACAAAGAACGCUCCGAUGAAGCACCCAAGAUACAGACCUUGCAGCAGGGCUCUGCAACAGGCAACCCGCGCAACAAAGUGGCCCUGGCGCCGGGCCACUCCCUCAUGGACUGGAUCCGGCUGGGCAACUCGUCGCAGGACCUGACGGGGGUGGGGGGCCGCGUCCUGGACGUGACCCCCGAGCAGCUCGCCCAGCACAACACCAAGGGGGACGCGUGGCUGGCCAUCCGAGGCAGCGUGUACAACGUGACGCCGUACAUGAACUUCCACCCGGGCGGCGUGGAGGAGCUGGAGCGGGGCAUCGGCACGGACGCCACCAAGCUCUUCGCGGAGGUCCACGCCUGGGUGAACUACGAGUCGAUCCUCAAGAAGUGUUUUGUGGGUCGGUAUCGUCCCAGGGCCAACGGCGCGGACGGCGCUGCCGGGGUGGGGGUGGCGUCGAGCGUCGCGCCGAGCGCCGCGUCGAGCGCCGAGACCUCGCCGUCCAAAGCGGGCCUUGGAAUGUUCCUUGCCUCCAAGGAAGAAAAGGAGAAGCACAAUGCCGCCAGGAAUGCACCCCUCAAACAUCCGAAACGAAAACUUCGUUGGGACUGGUACGAACAAGAAGAGACGGGCUCAAUCGUUCUAUACUGUCAAACUCAAGAAGCAAGUGUACUAGUAGCUUUGGGGAAGGAUAACCAGGACUUUAGGAUAGAAGUCCUAGAAAAUGGAGAGACGUGUUCUCUUCAUUUUGAACUAGAGGGUACCAUUAUUUGGCCCGUUAGAAUAAUUCAAAUUCCUAAUUCCAGCAAGGUCGAAAUCCAGCUGAAAAAAAUGAAACCAAGUCAUUGGAAAAGGCUAGGACUUCCCUGUGAAGACUCUGGGCAGGAAAAAGGCUCAGAAAUUCAAAUUAAUUAUUCAAAAAUGGAAGUUGUUGACACAAUUGAUGUGAACUACAAUACCAAGAUAUUAGUCUUAACUCGAUUGGAUCAGUCUUUUUGUACAACUCCUGUAGGGCACCAUGUAAGAGUCCGUAUGACACUAGAAGAUCAAGAGGUUGUACGCUGCUAUACUCCCAUUUCUAAAAGUUUAGUGGACCCUCUUAGUACUGAAGAGCAAACUCGAGUCUACUUAAUGGUGAAGGAAUACAAAGACGGUCUCUUAAGCUCUUGGCUUGCUGGCAGGCCUAAACAAUCCAUAGUCGAAGUCAGUUCUCCUGAGGGUUCCUUUCAAACAAGACACUUGGCAAAUAGGAAAGAGUUGUAUUUAUUUGCAGCAGGUACUGGUUUUACUCCCAUGGUUGGGGUAAUCAACUGGGCUAGAAAAGUCAUUAUUGGAAAAUUCACCAAAAUUUGUUUAACAUUUUUCAAUCGGACUGAAAAAGAUAUAUUGUGGCGAGAAGAACUUGAUAAACUAGUUCUCAAAGAUGGCAGGUUUUCUGUCACGCAUAUUUUGUCGGAACCUGAUGAUAUGUGGACCGGAUUAAGAGGUCGAAUAGAUGGAGAGUUGUUAAAGGCUCACUUACCCAGUAGAUCACCUCAGGAAGAUCCCAAAUUUUUUACUUUUGUAUGUGGACCAACAGCAUUUACUCAGUUAACUGGAGGGUUACUCAAAGUACUGGGCUACUCAGAUGAUGAUUAUCAUUGCUUCCAAGGAUAAUGUGAAGUGCUCUUCAGCAGAAAUUUUAUGUUACAAUUUUUGGAGAAGCUUUUCCUUUUCCCCUUUUCCCACCCCCUAACGAAUUUUUUAUCAUGUUUCCCCUUUCAUAUUGUAGUGUAGAUCUAUCGCACAUUUUACAUACUGCAUUGAAAUAGUCUUUUUGUCAUGACUUGUCAUUCAUCCUUAGAGAGCACUAUUUAUGAUUCUUAAUAAAUAAAGUUUGUAUGUUAUGCAAUAAUGGACGCAACAGGGUUUAUUGUUCUUGCAGGGAGAAACUGAAGAACUUGCCAUUAAUUCCAAAUGAUUUAUUUUUGAUUACUUAUUUUUCAUACUUGAUUAUUCUGUAACUUAAUGCAUGGUAACUGUCAUCACUGUCAUUCACUAUAGUUGUGCACAAUGGUUGCCACAUUUUAAAAUUGAUAAUCAUCAAUUGUGUAAAUUUUUUAUACAUAGACUGUCAUUAGAAACGUCCACUUGGAAAGGUUUGUGUAAAAUUUAAAGUUUAGACUUUUUUGUUUCAAUAAAUUAUUGGAACACUGUAGUACUACUAAAUUAAGCACUAAAGUAGCAAAAUAUUUCCUUGUGAUGGCAUCUUGAUUCCUAAUCCCUCCAUUGUGCAAUCUUGUGAUAUUUGUUUAUUGAGCCUUUUAGUACCCAAACGAAUAAUAAAUUCUUUUGAAAUGUAA